CCACCGGAGCUCCCAAAGAAUCUAGCCAGUAGCCCCGUCCUUACCUUCUUCCUCCUAAACACUACUAAAACCCUAACACGCCCUCCGCCCCACCAGAAAACCCCUUUUCUCAUCUUCUCCUCCUACUACCUCCUUCCCUCAGCUAACUCCACUUACUUAUAUUCUCUCGAUCUUAGUAUUACAACAUGGCUUCUACUUUCACUGCUAUGUCUUGUGUCGGUUCUCUCAUUUCGCCUAGCACUUCUACAGCAGAUAAGAAAUUUGUUAGUUCAUCCGAGGCUCUGUCCUCAUUGACAUCUAUAUCUGCCAAUAAAUUGGGAGGCAGGAGACAGAAUGUUAUUCUUCGCAAAAGACUUAGCUGCAAGGUUCAGGCUAUGGCCAAGGACUUGCAUUUCAACAAGGAUGGGUCCGCUAUUAAGAAGCUGCAGGCCGGUGUUAACAAGCUUGCUGAUCUAGUAGGUGUUACACUGGGACCUAAAGGAAGAAAUGUAGUACUUGAAAGCAAGUAUGGGUCUCCCAGAAUUGUCAAUGACGGUGUGACAGUAGCUAAAGAGGUCGAAUUGGAGGAUCCUGUUGAGAAUAUUGGUGCUAAGUUAGUAAGACAAGCUGCGUCAAAGACAAAUGACUUGGCUGGGGAUGGGACAACAACAUCUGUAGUGCUUGCACAAGGUCUAAUAACUGAAGGUGUUAAGGUGGUUGCUGCUGGUGCAAACCCUAUUCAAAUUACAAGGGGUAUUGAGCGAACAGCCAAAGCUUUGGUGGCUGAACUCAAAUUAAUGUCGAAAGAGGUAGAAGAUAGUGAAUUAGCAGAUGUCGCUGCAGUUAGUGCAGGAAACAACUAUGAAGUGGGUAAUAUGAUAGCAGAAGCAAUGAGCAAAGUGGGUAGGAAAGGCGUUGUGACACUUGAGGAGGGUAAAGGUUCUGAUAAUAAUCUGUACGUCGUGGAAGGCAUGCAAUUUGACCGUGGAUACAUGUCCCCUUAUUUUGUGACUGAUAGUGAGAAGAUGGCUGUUGAAUUUGAAAACUGCAAGCUUCUUCUGGUCGACAAAAAGAUUACAAAUGCGAGGGAUUUAAUCAGCAUUUUGGAAGAUGGCAUCAGGGGAGGAUAUCCAAUACUAAUAAUUGCUGAAGACAUUGAGCAGGAAGCUCUUGCCACUCUGGUUGUGAACAAGCUUAGAGGAGCUUUGAAGAUUGCUGCACUCAAAGCUCCUGGUUUUGGGGAUCGCAAGAGCCAAUACCUUGAUGAUAUUGCUAUCCUGACUGGAGGUACUGUGAUUAGAGAGGAGGUAGGAUUGUCCGUAGACAAGGUUGGGAGUGAGGUUUUAGGUCAUGCAGCAAAGGUGGUGCUGACAAAGGAAACGACGACAAUUGUUGGUGAUGGUAGCACUCAGGAUGCUGUAAAUAAACGAGUUGCACAGAUCAAAAACCUUGUUGAGGCAGCUGAGCAGGACUAUGAAAAGGAAAAGCUUAAUGAAAGAAUUGCCAAACUUUCAGGCGGUGUUGCUGUCAUACAGGUUGGGGCACAAACUGAAACAGAACUUAAGGAGAAGAAGUUGAGAGUCGAGGAUGCACUCAAUGCGACGAAGGCCGCUGUUGAGGAAGGCAUUGUCGUUGGAGGUGGAUGCACCUUAUUGCGGCUUGCUGCUAAAGUUGAUGCCAUCAAGGACUCCCUUGACAAUGAUGAGCAGAAGGUCGGAGCAUACAUUGUUAAGAGGGCAUUGAGUUACCCAAUGAAGUUAAUUGCCAAGAAUGCAGGGGUCAAUGGAAGUGUUGUAAUUGAAAAGGUGCUGUCUAGUGAGAAUGUUAAGUUUGGUUAUAAUGCUGCAACUGGAAACUAUGAGGAUCUGAUGGCUGCUGGUAUCAUUGAUCCCACAAAGGUGGUAAGAUGCUGCCUGGAGCAUGCAGCAUCGGUUGCCAGGACUUUCCUCACCUCGGAUGCAGUGGUUGUGGACAUUAAGGUGCCAGAGCCUGUGGCUGCUGGAAAUCCCAUGGAUAAUUCAGGUUAUGGUUACUAAUUGCUGCAGCACAUAGUUGAUUACCCGAACCAUGAGGACUCAAUUCUAGAUGGGUUAUCAGAUCUCUUUUGCCCUUGAAGAGAGCACGAGAAACUCGUAUGGUCGUUGGAAGAGCCAUUGGACUUGUAUUUGCAGCAUUUUUACCUGCCUGAUUUCUUUCAUUCGUUCUGAAAUUUUGUCAUCGCUAAUCGGUAACAACUGCUAGUCAAAUAGCCGAUAUUUAUGGCACAAAUUGUACUCAUCAGCCAUCCAUGAACCCGUAAGUUGUGCAAGUAAAUCAUAGUCAGAAGUUCCGAAACGUUGAAUAAAUCAAUCGUACACUCGUUUUCUGCAA